AGUUUUACUUGUUAAGUCGGGUUAUGUUGAUGGUUGUACGUUGAAGAUGCAUUCAGUUUGACAAUUUUGUGUCUUUUGACGGGAGCUUCGUUUAUUUCCACCUUGGAUUGUAUAUACUUGAUAUCAUUUUUGUGGACAUUUGUGGUAGUUUUGGAUUACGCAUAUACGCGCGUGGAAGGGAGCGGUAUUUGUAUGGCGCAACGGUACGAGAAUGAGCUACCCCAUUACGGGCCAAAUGCGAUGGACGGACAUACGGCGAUGUACGACGCGCAUCUAAGCAGCCACAGAAACAUGCCUUCACAUCUCGGACCGGGCCAUACCACCAAUCUGAGCCACGGGCCUACGUUACCACAUCACCAGUACCCCCCUUACUCAUCACCGUCAAAUAACAGUAUGCCAGGGGUAAUGAAUUCGUCGCAACCGGAUAGUCAAUUAAAACGGGACAAAGACUCCAUCUACGGGCACCCCCUGUUCCCCCUCCUCGCACUCAUAUUUGAGAAAUGCGAGUUAGCAACCUGUACGCCGAGGGAGCCUGGAGUAGCAGGCGGGGAUGUGUGCUCGUCAGAGUCUUUCAACGAAGAUAUUGCCGUCUUUUCAAAGCAGGUAGGCGAGCAGGCCCGUGCUGAAAAACAGUUUUUCUCUGCAAACCACGAAUUAGAUAGUUUGAUGAUCCAAGCCAUACAAGUUUUAAGAUUCCAUCUCUUGGAACUAGAAAAGGUUCAUGAACUCUGUGACAAUUUCUGUCAUCGAUAUAUUAGUUGUUUAAAAGGAAAAAUGCCAAUAGAUCUUGUAAUUGACGAACGGGAAGGAGGAAUAAGUACGGGAAAUAGCAAGACACCAAAUAGUACGGACGGCACUGGUAUGGACCCCCAUAGCCCUCAGGACCAGUUUCAGGCCCACAGUCCACACCUAACAUGUUCGUACCAAGAUCGGUUGACUGCGGAUGCCAAGGGUCGGACCCCCCUGUUGUCCCUUUACACGUGGAUGGCACACGGAGGACCCAGCGCUCAACCUCCCCACCAUAUUGAGAGUCCACCUCCGCAGUUAUUUAGUCAACAAGAUGAUACUCAGUCAUCGCGAUCUGGGGAUACACCUGGACCGACGAGUCAGUCAACCAAUCAGAAUUCAUCUCAGAGUGUAGAAAAUGGUAGCGAAAUGGGUGAUGGUUUAGAUAACAGUAUUGGGUCAGGGGAGGGGACAGCGGACGAAGAGUCAGACGAGCGCACGCAAAAACGACAGAAGAAAAGAGGAAUUUUCCCAAAAGUAGCAACAAAUAUAAUGAGAGCCUGGCUCUUCCAACAUUUAACACAUCCAUAUCCCUCAGAGGAACAAAAGAAACAGCUGGCACAAGAUACAGGAUUAACGAUAUUACAAGUUAAUAAUUGGUUUAUAAAUGCAAGACGGAGGAUAGUACAACCUAUGAUUGACCAAUCAAAUCGUGCAGAAUGCUAUUGGGGAGAAAGGCCUAGUGCGUACAGUCCAGACGGGUCUGGUAUGGGGUAUAUGGACAAUCAACAAAUGCCACAUAUGAGACCACCAGGACUGCAGGGAAUGCCAGGUGCUGAUAUGUAUGGUGCUCCACCAGUAACCAACUCCUAUAACAUGCAGCAGUUACGUCCACCAGUUCACUCGCAGGCCAUGUUGAUACCCGGCCACCCACAUCACAUGAUGAUGGCCCAUGGCGGUCCGCACAUGGGCCACCAUGGCAUGUCGUUACAGUCCACCCAGAGUCCACCUCUACACCACGGCGUUGACAGCAUGGGACAACCAUUACAGGACAUCCACGCAGGAUAAACGGGUGAUCAACGGGUACAAUUUUAAGACAGCAAUAACGUCAGCCAACAUCAUGCACAGAGACAGGUUGAGUGUAUCUGCGCACUGGUGUUUGGACGUCGCAUAUCAUCAGCCUUGCCGAUCUAGGAUGAUUGACCGUCGCAUCGGCGGUGAGGUGGCAUGAGGUGAUGAGUAGCGCCCUCAUCAGGUGAAGCCAGGAACUGGAGUGUUGAAUUCAUGUGCUGGGAUAUGGAAAAAGAACAUCGUUGGUAAACAUUGACACGUCUGCCAAUCUAUGUAUUUGUUUGGAGUUCGUGUUAUGGAUAACAGAUCCGGUUGGUGUUGGACAGGCAGACAGACAUUGUGGUACUGUAUGGUAAGACAUUUGUAGUACUGUACCGUAAGACAGACAUUUGUGGUAUGGAACAACAGACAGUAUUUUGAUGACACAGUGCAUAUAACAGCAAACAAAACCUAGUCAAAAGACAAUGGAACUUUCGAAAGCCUUUGUAAACAUCUUGAUUCUUCAAGUGUAUAUGUCACCGAGUCAAACUAUGUCAGUGUAGUUUGACUUCAGAGGCAAACUCCCCCAGAUAGACCUAGAACCCUGUAGACAUAUUCAGAGAUUUGUACAUGGUGUUUUGCCUGUAAAUUGUACUGUAUAGGUGAAGUAGGGAUGGUGAUUUAGUGCAGUGAAAUGAGAAGUAAAAUCGAACUAAAUAUUUAUGGCAAUUCGAACCCCUCGUACAGCAAAUGUUGCCCUCAGUUCUUUCAGAGUUUGAGCCUACCAAUGAUUAUAGAUAAGGUACGAUGUUGUUAUGUCAGAUAAUGAAAUCUAAAGGUUCCAAAUGGAGAUUUGAUGGUGAUCUCUGAUAUUUUCCAUCUAAUAGUCUUUACCCAGACGGCAUAUUCUACAACAGUUUCUCAAUGAAUCUGAGCAAGUUAGAGAUGUAAUCCCAAAAACGUCAAAACAGAUGACCGGGGAAAUAUUUUUUCUGAUCAAGAUAUAGUGUACGGUGUCGCUCGGGUCACUUGAUUGAUUAGACUCUCCUAAGUUGGAGGAAUGAAAGUAUUAAGAAAAAAAUUAGUUUUCUUACAUGAUCGGGAAAUCCUAAUGACUUUGUAAUUCUUGUCUUAUGGCUGUGACAACUGGGAUUAUUGUAACUUGUGCAAAAACAGAUUGUAGUUUCCUCCGGAUCUUUUGAAGUGAUAUCUAUCAGAUGAAACAGAACCUCUGAUCGUCUUGAGUUUUUUCAUUACCGAAAACUUGAUGGGUAUAAGAUUACAAAAAGGGGUGUUUUCGAUUUGUCAGAAUGUUUAAGCGUCUACCAUACCAGUAUCUCUUUGAUAAUUUGUAAUUGGUUUAGCUCAAGUUCUGAUGUAACUGUCACAAUAGAGGGACACAAAAACAACACAGAAAUAUCGUGACUGAUCUUGACUCUCCAACAAAGUUAGUGAGUUCUUUAGUUUCUUGUGUCUCAGCUGUGUUCCUAACAUAUUUCAUGUCGGGUUUUGUAUGGUUAGUGAGAUGACUAAACUUAUGUCCUUUUUACCAAAAACAGCCAACAACAAUGACGGAUCCAGAAAUUUGGAAAUUUGAGUGCUGUUUUGGAUAAAACAGUACAAAUUGAAGGAAGAAAACUUUCAAACACACCAACUAAUAUGACAUGAAGACUAGGCUGAAAUAAGUUAGAGUUGCGUAAUGCUGUGUUUCAAUUCCACUUCUCUUUCCCUGUACCAAAUCCAUCUACACCAAACACUUCAAACUUCUAUGCUACCCCAAAACUUCUUAGGUUGCUUUUAGUUGCAUUGCUUAUGGACACAUCUGACAGUCAUGCACAAAAUGCUGAAGUCAUUUCUCACAGCAAUUGUCCUGUGAUAAAAAAGACAUACUUUUGGCUUAAAAAACAAAUUGAAAUGUCAAAGUUGUACUCAAAGACUUUGGAUGUCAUGAAAUUUGGUAUGGUCCCCCAUAAAGUUUCCAGUUGCAUUAUGGAAUCUGAGGUCUGAUCUCAUAUCCCGCAUGAUGACAAGAUGUGGUCAAGUCCUACGGAUUAAAACCCUCAUCAGUACAAAAUUCAAUUUAAAUGAAAAGAUGUUUCGACGAAAAAUUUCUUGAACAAAGGCUUAAACUGCCCGUGGACAGCAGCGGGUUUUAAUUCCAAGUUCAUUAACUACGUCCUAGCCUUAUUUUGACAUUGGUGACCUUGACCUUGCUGAUAGGGUUUCGAGUCGUCGUCUUGUCACAUGACCAUCGCAGGAUCUCCAGUCUCCAUCUUGCACUCCGUAUCUCAUAAUAAUAACCAACAGGGUAGUUGUUCCACGACUGUCCGUGGACGUUAAAAUAUAGGCCACCAGGCGUCGCUGGUGAGCACUUGUAAAAUGUUUGAUGGCACUAGACAGGGUACAUAUUAGAUUAGAUAGGUUCAUGGUAGACUUGAUAGUGAAAAAUAUACUCCCUUGUGACGAGAAAAUUAGUGAUGUAAAUAAUUGUCAGCAAGUGUACUGAAAACUUUGAGAUAUAACCGUUUGUCUGGUGCCAUACGAUCAUUCAAUAGGGUACAUCAUCAUUUGUAAAUUACUCAUAACCCAUGGCCAGUUUCAGUGCUCUCCGUAAGCCAUUUUUGCAGGAUGGAAGGCCAAGUAGAGAAUUAGCUGUAUUUUGUAAAACAACAGCAUGGUGUAAUGCAAAUUUGAACAAAUUUUUCAAAAUAUAACUGAAAAUUUGGUGAAAUUAUUACUUUUUUCGUGGUGGGGUGCAGUUCUUCUGCAAAAACAUUUUUGUAUUGGUAAAGAACAAAAUUUGCUAAUGAUCUUGGCAAAAUGUGAUGUUCUUUUGAAAAGUUUUGUAAACCAUGACUAAAACCAUAGAUUUUUGGUUGACCCGGCCCUGUUGAAAUGACUCCUGGAGAGCCUGAGCUGACAUAGCCUUGCUUGUACUGCAUUUAACCUUAGUGAGAGCGUCUCCAACUGAUUCGAGUAUGUUGCAUACUUGCAUUUUGAUUUCAUUCCUGUAUGAUAUAUCAUUUGUGAUGUUUUUCUUUCAACGUGUGCUGUGUACAAUAUGUGUUAACCUGUGUUUGUCUCGGGGACAAUGCAUAUUAUGCUAUCAGAACCAAAGUUUCCUAACAAAUCGUGUAUGUUUACAAACAGAUUUUUGUACAAAGAGUAGUGCAGGUGUUGCAUCCUUUCAUAGUAUGCCUUUGGGCUGUUUCUAAAGUACAACCACACCUAGUGUGUCUUAGGAACAGCGCAAAGGCCUGGUAUUGGAGGAUGAGUUUGUAAACUCGGUGAGGGAUGAAAUAAGCACAACACUAAUGGGCUCUAGGGGUACCUAGGUGGAAGCCAUCUUGUUAUGUUUUUAUGACACAUUUUCAAGAUUUCUGCCAAUAAGUUCUCUCUCUUCGAUCUUGCAUUGUUUUUGCAGGCCAAUCCCCUAUGCACUCAAGUAAUGUGCACAGAACGUUAAUGUACAUGUUUUGGUACAAAAUGUUACUUUUGAAAGGUGCUGCAAAGCUUCAGAGAUUUAGGGAUAUGCAGCACGGUCCAAAAGCAAAUGUGUCAUCUUAUGCUGAUUGCUUGAUUGGGUAGGGGCAGAGUGCAAAAAAAACGCAAGAGAGAGAAAUCACUUGGAAUAUGACUCAGCACAAUUUGCAUCAAGAAUGCUGCCAGUCACAAACCCUUGAAUACUUUCUUGUUCAUAGUUUUUACAGCAGCUUCAUCCUGGGGAUAAGGGUCUUUUUUUUCCUCGCAGGUAAAUUAGACCUUGUACUUAAAAUCAAGUGUGACGACUACAGAAACUGACAAAUGUGGCAUGAGUGUCUGUACUAGCUGUAAAUACAAAAUGUAAAAGAUUUGUCACUCAAUGUUAGCAAAACCAAGGUUUUUCAUCAUUGGCGAGUUUGGGUUUUGGUCUUUAAAGUACUGCGGGUAUAUGUUAGGUAAUUGUCCUGAAUAUAGUAAUUUUUCUCCACGAAAAGUUUAAAAAGUAUGGAUGAUGUUGAAUUAUUGAACCCCUUUUCUGCCAUUCUCGGUUACUUUAUAUUUGCAUUACCCAUUAGUACUUUAAGGGUCAAACAUUUCUAAACAUCACUAGUCAGAAAUAAUAUCCCCUAGUGCUCCCAACAUGACAAAGAUUGUCUCUAUGAACUUCUCUUUGGCAUGUCAUUGUGGUACUGUAGACGUACAACAUGUUGCUGUAUUUUUGGGGAGUUAUUUCUGACCAUAACUGUAGGGGUGAACAUCAAUUUUCAGGGAAUGUAGGUAGAUUCUGACUUGAUCAAACCCCCACCCCCAGGUCACGGAUGAUCAUGAUUUAAAUUCAAUUUUGGAACUUAAUUAUCAUUUAGGCAAAUGUAGUUGAUAUAUUGAAUUUAAGAAGGCAGCCAUGCAGUUGUUAUUUUGCCAGCUGUAGAAAUUUUGAAUUAAAUGGUAGGUUUCUUUUAAAAGUCGAUAGAUCUCAAAAUUAUUGUUGAUGUCAUAUAGUCUAAACAAUCUAGAUGCUAUUUAAUUCAUGAUUUGCUAUUGGCAAAGUUGAUCAUUUUCAUCAUGCAGUACCCCAUGUACAAUGAUAUAGCUAUUAAAACACACUAACUCCAGGCUUAGACAUGUUAGAGCAAUGUUAGCGAAAUAUUUUAACUCUGAUUCAUAGACACCUGCGCAGUAAUUGUUCCAAAAUAGGCCACCAUUUUGGAGCUGUAUCCCACAAUUCAUUGAAAACAUCACAGGCGUGUGAAGAUACCAGAAUCUUAGCGAUCGAUCAACCCUGAACUGAUCUACAAUACCUAAAAUAUGUUCUACACAUAUUACUCUUGUAUGUCCAGGUUUAAUGAAGGCUUUGUGGUAAAUUAUCGAUUGAUAAUUGAUCGCUUGAUUCUGAUACUAUCAUGCGCCUGUGACAUGUCCAGGAUCUCAUAAUGUAAUGGAAAUCUAUUUUGGCAGGGAGAUAUCCAUGUCAAUCUAAGAUUCACAGCCUGCAAACCUUUGUGUACAAGUGUUCAUGACAUGAAAAAAUGUUGGCCAGAUGUUCAUUGUAUGACUUUAUUUGACAGUUCCAGUAUUAGUUUUAAAAUGUAUUUCAUCGCCACUGAAAUUUCACAUUUACCGAUGAUUUUACGAGUUAUUGUUGUUAUUUAUACGAAUUUUGUUGACAAUGAGGUUGAUCACUUCAGAUGUUCUGUUAGGUGUACAAGGCAUUUCCAGUGCAAUGAACACAAAGAAAAAAUAACACAUCAAAGAAUAAAUAAAGACUAGUCUUUAUUUAUUCCUGAUAUUAUUGACAAAAUCUUCUUCAAAAUAAUUUUGAUGGGAUGGGAUUGAUUAUAUAUCUUGAAACGACAUGCCUAUUUUUUAGGGCUGAAUUAUGAUAUCUAGGCUGAUCUCUGUACCAAUUGGUCAUGAUGACUUAGACUUUGAUCUUGGUGGCUAACCUCUAUAAAUAGGCAUGGUGUUUCCUAAUGGUGAUCUGGACUUUUCAUCUUUGCAGCAGACUUAGUGUCCAGGGGGUUAAAUAUGUUAUCAAAUUCUGAAUCGAAGUGCUAAUAAUCAAAUAAAUAAUAAUAGGUUUGCUUUACCUUGAAAUUCUCAUUACAAAUAGUAUUAGCCCUCGAGGGCCACAAACCAGUUCAUAUCCUUGGUCUUAUACAAAUUGUACUCAAACACUCUUCCAGUUGGUUAUUAGUACUUUCUGGGUUUUUUUAGAGGUUUGCCUGUGAAAAUAGUAUGAUCUCAUUCUGUUGGCAGUUCCUAAUUGAUUCAAAUCGCAAUUGUUUAUUCUAAAACAAUAAAAAAAAUACUUAGAGCCUCAUAGUUGUCUUACGAAGCACAAGGUAAACUGUCAUUUCCCUCAAAACCUCGGUGUCACCUAGGCACCUCGGUGUUGGCCUUCAUUCUAGCUCCACACUCACUGUGUUUGGUGAGACAACUUAAAUACCUCUAAUUCGGUAUCAAUUCCUUGUUUCUUUGAGAUUCUGAGCUGAGGGGAUUCAUAUUUUACAGUUCAAACAUCUAUAACUGUUGCUUUUUGUUCCUAAGAGAUUUUGUUGAGAGAUAUUGUUCCCAUGUUUGGGCCUCGGUCAUUUUAACUCCAAGUUUAUAAAAUUCCUUGUUUGUGGGUCCGAAUCAAAGGCAACUUUAGAGGGUCUUUAACUCAGAACGCAGAACUUUUCCAACCUUUCUGCAUGUAUGUAUGACCAGUCCUUGUAAAAAAAUUGUUUCAAAUUUCCUUGAAUAUACUUGUAGUUCUUCCCGUAGUUUGAUGAUAUAACUACAACGAAAUUCAAUGGUUUUAUGUGCUAAAUACAUUUUGUCAGCAUUUGAGGUUUUCUAGUAGUAGUAGAUAUUAACACAAAAAAAUACAACUGUAAAAAUUUUGUCAUUCAUCCAUUUUUGUUUCGUCUUUUUCCAAAAGAGACAACAUCACCUCAUCGCGUCGGUAGUGUUUUGAUACAAAGUAUUAAAGUUGUAACGAAAGGGAAUAAUUUUUAUAAAAUGUCAUGUACAAAUGAAUGUUAAAAAGUGCUGUUAUUUCUGAUGUACCGGUAUUUCUCGUCAGGUGAAUUUGGAGCCUUUGUCGUAGUUUUUGUUAGCUCUCCGUAGCUUUGUCUCGGCUGUUAAUAACUGCGCUGCUUCAUCCCUGGGUUUGGGCGCCCCCUUUUGGCAGUUUAUCUGUUCAGCCUGAUGCUUGACCUGUGUGUCAGAGCGGGUACACAGCCCCUUCUGAUGCCACUGAAGAGGAGGGGUAUUUCUUUAGAACCAGAAAUUUCAUGCAAUUCCUGACUUCUUAUAUAGUACUUGAAGGUUCAAGUAUGUCUGUAAUACAAGUCCUCGGCUUUUGAAAUAGGAUCUUUCAAAAUACCUCCCCUCUUCUGUGUGUAUGUUGAUAAUGGCCAGUGUGGAGGGGUGAAAAAGCCUUAUCUACUGUAUAUGGUAGUGUCUUAGGUUGGGUAUACAUUGCCACUUGUCAUGGUUAACGUGUCAUAUUGUCACACACAAGUGUUCAUAUUGACUUGGGUUUGAAAGCGGAUAUGACAGGAGGUUGAACGGGGACUUAUUUUGAACUGUAUGUACACCCAGUCUUGACAGAAUUCGUCAUGCAAAUAUUGCAGGUGAAAUCUGGACACACUACAAUCUGCCGUACAUGUGGCAGAUUACUCGGGGUGAUAACCUCAGUUAGCCAGAAUCCCAUAUGGAAAACCAUCACCAGCUGAUGUAUCAGUUAACUAUUUAUUGCUUCCAGAUGCAGACAACAGGUAUUGCCAUUGUCCACCAUCUUUGUUUUGAACCCAGCUGUUAAUGCCGGCGGAAUCAAUGCCCAAUCAUCAUCAUAACAACAUAUUGUAAAUUAAUAAAUGCUGUACUUUAUGAGGAAUAAAAUUAUUGUUGUUCAGUCACUUGAAUAAUGA